AUGCCUGCCCAAUCAGCGAACGAGGGUGGUUCUGAUAACGAGGAGGGCACUUAUCGCCCUCGCAAGAGACAAGCCGUGAUAUCGAAAGCUUCGUAUGCAGGUGUGGUAUGCGAGUACAAGGAGAAGGGCCAGCCCGGUUUACGUCCGGGCUACGGCAAGGCAGUCGAGCAACGCCUCAGCUUAUUGGAGGACAACAUGGAUAACAUGUCUCACCCAGCCGCUGGAGGCUCAGCUCUCAGCAUUGGGUACAUCGCCCAAUCCCGCGCCGACAACCAGUGA